CGGUGAUCUCGGCGCUAGAAUGGCCGCAGUGUUUACGUGUUGUUUGGGCUGCUGCGGGGACGGUGGACCGGGUCAUGCGCCCCUCAAAGAAAUGCCCACCGUUCAGCUAGACACGCAUCACAUGGGGACGGAUGUGGUCAUCGUGAAAAGCGGGAGGCGGAUCUGUGGAACUGGAGCCUGUCUCGCCAACGCCCCUCUCCACCAAAACAAGAGCUAUUUUGAAUUCAAGAUCCAGUCCACGGGUGUUUGGGGGUUUGGUGUGGCCACGCAGAAGGUGAAUUUGAACCAGGUUCCACUGGGUCAAGACAGCCACAGUUUGGUUCUCAGACAUGAUGGCUCCAUCUACCACAACAAUGAGGAGAAGAACAGAUUACCGGCCAACAGCCUGCCUCAGGAGGGGGAUAUAGUGGGCCUGACCUAUGAUCAUGUGGAACUGAAUCUGUCCUUAAAUGGGAAGAACAUGCACUGUCCGGCCUCAGGUAUUCGGGGAACUGUAUACCCCAUAGUUUAUGUGGAUGACAGUGCCAUCAUAGACUGCCAGUUCAGCGAUUUCUACCACACUCCACCUGAAGGCUUUGAGAAGAUCCUGUUUGAACAGCAGAUCUUUUAAAUCGUCUGCUACAUGUGCAGAAACACACACAGUGUUGGAGCUAAAGAAGUGUGUGUCUCUUCUGUUUCAAUGUUGCUUCUGCCUAUGCUGUUACUACUGCUGCUCUAGUCCAUUUGGAAAACAAACCAGGCUUUAUUUCUGCUGUAUGUGUACAUGUGUAUAUAUACACACACACACACACACACGUACACACACCAGAGAGGGAAUAUACAACCCAGAUAACACUUUACUUAAGCACUGAAGACACUUGAUGGUGAUAUCUACUUUCUGUAAUGGGUUAUAUUGACAAACUGAGCUAUUAUUUAAUGAAGAUGUACAGUGAUGAGCUUUGUGUUCUUCUUUUUGUUUAUUUGAAAUGAUUGAUGAUUUGUUUUGUUGACUUUCUAUAUCUACACCAAUAUCAGCUCUCUUGAAUGAACCAAUUGUAUUUGCACUAGCUGUGAGUGACUGAGAAUCAAUCCAAACCUUUUGAAAAUGUCAUUUAUUUUUUCAGUCAUUUAGCAUGUGGGUCAUCUGCAGUCUAUUUGAUGUCCUCUGUGAUCUCUAUUGCACAUAAAAUGGGCGACUGCAAAAUAGCCUUGAAUAUAUUUCAGACAUGCAUGAAUGUUUUAACAUCGACUCUGUUUAUACUAUAAAUAGCUUGUAUCACAUUGUUGCACAUUUUAGACUAAUGAAAAAUGUUCAACAUAACAUUCCAUUAUUUGCAUUCAGUUGGUUUUUCUCCACUGAUUAUUCAUAUCUUCAAAGCAACAUUCAUGACAAAUCUCAACCCAAUUUGCUUGGCGUCUGCUGUAAUGUUAUAUAGUCCGAACACUAAACCAUUCUUAAUCGUUUUUCAAUUUUAGUAGUAAUUAAAUCCACAACUAGUUCUGAAGUCUAAGUGUAAAAAGGUCAUGUGGUUAUCCAAUGGCUAUGUGUUUUUCAAAGAUGCUUGAAAAAAUGUGUCCUGUAAGACUUUUUUUGGGGGGGUGUUGCCGAGAAAGCCUGAAUUCUCUCUGUAUACUGUGUCUUAUAGUACAUUCCACAAGUGCUGUAUUUAAAAUCUGAAGUAUUCUGUCUUUCAAAUAAUCGUAGUAUGAAAUGAUGACUUGCCAAAUCAAAUGGUAGGAGUAUUGUGAACAUUUACACACCAGUCUGUACAAAAAUAAAGUGCUAUAUUUCGCUAAAAUUCAAAA